AGUCUUUCUCUCUCUAAAGUCUCCGACUUUGGUUUUUUUCUCUCGAGCUUUUUCUCAGGCGAAAGCUCUGACUGAUUUUUUACAAUUCGAAGGUUGCACCAACGACGACGAUUCGAGCUCUCGAGUGCUUCUGUAAUUCAAGGUUCUUCAAGGGCUUUCGUGCUUAGUCUUCUACUUUUGUGUCGCGUGUUGUGUUGGAUGGUUAACGGAUCUUCGAGAGCUCCGAAAUUGGGGGCGAUUUUCUAAAUCUAGGGUUUCGGUAUAAAAAAAAAAUUUCCUUUGACGUUUGAUUUGCUUCUUCCCUGUUGAGCUCGCGCAUCUGAGGUUGAGGUUUCAAACUCCGUCUUGUCUGAAUUUGAAUUUGAUUUCUGCGAAGACCUGUGACGAUUCAGCUAUUUCGGAGCUGCGAAUGGUCUGUUGUAAAAGGUGAAUUGUAGAAGCAGAGUAAGCCUUAUAUUCAAAAACAAUGGUCGAAAGUGCUGCCUUCCCCGGAGGUUAUUACAGGAACGCAUUCGGAGCGGCUGAUGAAUCAGAGGGCUCUGGAAGCUCUGCUCAGAUUGAUACCGAGGUCACCGCCUCUGAGAACUCAACCACUCCUGCACGAAAGUGUGUCAAGUUGAAUUCUAACGACGAGGGUCCUUAUGGUGUCCAGAAACAGGUCUUCUCCUUGUAUAACAUGUCGCAGUCCGAGAGGAAGGACUUGAUCCACCGGCUCAAACGGGAGCUGGAGCAGACAAAGAUUGUUCUUAAAAACGCCGAGUCAUUGAAUCCAGCCUCUUUGUCGUUUACUACUGCUGCUCAUAAGCUACCUUCGUCUCGAUCCAAGAAGCCAUCUGAUUUUGCAACGGGACCAGGAAAGAACGGGUCCGCUUCUCGUGGAUGGAACCGUGGCUCCUCGGGGAAGUUUGAGUCUUCGUCUAGGAAAGAGCUUCCUGACAUGGCACUGAUAAAGCAAUGCGACACGCUGCUGAAGAAGCUCUGGUCCCAUCCGCAUUCUUGGGUUUUUCAGGCGCCGGUUGAUGUAGUGAAACUGAACUUACCUGACUAUCUCACUAUCAUCAAACAUCCCAUGGACUUGGGGACGGUAAAGAAGAAGUUAGCCUCUGGUGUAUACUCAAGCCCACAUGAGUUUGCUGCUGACGUGAGGCUUACUUUCACCAACGCGAUGACAUAUAACCCUCCAGGGCAUGACGUUCACAUCAUGGCGGAUAUACUUAGUAAACUGUUUGAAUCGCGGUGGAAAGCUAUAGAGAAGAAGUUACCAGCGCGUAGUAGCAGCGUCCAAACUUUGCCUGCGGUCACAUUGGAACCCAGUGAGGAAAGGAGCGCUGCUAUCUCUGUCCCUCCUCCCUCGAAGAAGAGAAAGAUGGCUUCACCCGUUAGAGAGAUAGCUCCAGAGCCUGUGAAGCCGCCUCUUAUGACAGCAGAGGAGAGGCAUAGAUUGGGGAGACAACUGGAAUCACUACUGGACGAGCUUCCUGCACAGAUUAUUGACUUUUUAAAGAAACACAGCUCAAACGGAGGGGAAAUUGCGGAAGAUGAGAUUGAGAUAGACAUUGAUGUUCUCAGUGAUGAAGUGCUGCUCGCUCUUCAAAAGCUUGUGGACGAAUAUAUCAAAGGUAAAGAAGCGAAGCAGUCUCUUAAUGGAUCAGGACCGAGCCAUUCUUCUCUCCAACGAGGAAAUGAAAUGGCUAUUGAGUAUGUCGGUGGAAAUGAACCUCCUAUGUCAGGAAGCUCCAGUGAUUCCGAGUCUGGUAGCUCUGAAGAUCAAUCUGAUGACGCUAAACCCAUGAUCCAAGAGAGUUCUUCCAAGAUGCCUGAAACUGCAAAUGCUGAGGCGCAAAGAGAUGAAGAUGCGCCGGAGCAGCAAAAGCCUAGUUCUGAUGAAUCAGAUGGCCAACCUGAUGGGAACGUAUUAGAGACUCCAGCUCCAUCUGAGAAGCAAUAUAGAGCUGCGCUGUUGAAGAACAAAUUUGCAGAUAUCAUUCUAAAAGCACGCGAGAAAACACUUCCACAGAAUAGUAAUAAGGGCGACCCUGAAAAGCUUCGCAAGGAAAGAGAAGAACUCGAACUACAGAUGAAGAAAGAGAGAGCAAGGCUACAAGCUGAGGCAGAGGCUGCUGAAGAUGCUCGUCGCCAAGCUGAAGCAGAGGCCGCUGCGGAAGCUGCUGCUGAGUCUAAGCGUAAGAGAGAGCUCGAAAGAGAAGCUGCUCGCCAAGCUUUACUGAAGAUGGAGCAAACUGUAGAGAUCAACGAGAACUCGCGGUUCCUAGAAGACUUAGAGAUGCUGAGCUCGAGUGCUCCGGAGCAAUUGCCUAGUUCAGCAGCUGAUGUAAUCAGCCCCGAGAUUCGUUUAGACGCCCUUGGAAGUUUCAACCUCGGAGGAAUCAACCCUCUUGAGCAGCUCGGACUGUACAUGAAACAAGACGAUGAUGAAGAAGAACCUGAGGCUCCUCCUCCUGACGUUCCAAAGCUAACUACCGACGUGGAAGAAGGUGAAAUCGAUUGAGAAGAAAAAAGGAGUAUAUAUAGAGAUAAUAUAUACGUGUAUUCAUACAAAUGGCUCAGGGUCUGAGGUGUAAAGCCUUUUAAGAAAAGGCUCAGGAUCUUUCUUAAAGCCAGCGUGGUGUGUAAUUUAUGUAGAACACGAAGCAAACGCUUAAAUCUCCAUUAGUAUAGUUGUUAGUGUAUGGUAAGAAGGAAAAAAAAAACAGGCUAAGCCGUUGUUUGUGUAAGAAUCUAAUCUUUACAAUUGUUCUAGAUGACUCCCUUUUGGGAUGGUCAGUGUUGAGAGCUUUGACUAGUGA